UCUUUCUUCCGAAUAAAAUCGAGCUCUUCCCUUUACAUUCUUCUCUCAAGCAAACCCUAACCCUAAUCCCUAAUCGGCCUGUUUCUCUUUCAAAUCAUCAUCUUUCAACAGUAUUCGUCAUGAAGGGAGAUAAAUCAAAGGCAGAGUCCAAAAAGGCCGAUUCCAAGCUUGCUGUGAAGAAAGGAGCAGCCAAAGGUGGCAAAAAAGCUGCUGCUGGAGCAAAGGACCCCAACAAGCCUAAGAGGCCACCUAGCGCUUUCUUCGUCUUUAUGGAAGACUUUAGAAAAGAGUACAAAGAGAAGCACCCAAAGAACAAAUCAGUAUCUGUUGUUGGGAAGGCUGCUGGGGAGAAGUGGAAGUCAUUGUCUGAUUCUGAAAAAGUCCCCUUUGUAGAAGUAGCAGAGAAGCGUAAGAAGGAUUACGAGAAGCUCAUGAAUGCAUACAACAAGAAAUUGGCUGGAGGAUCUGCUGAUGAGGAAGAAUCUGACAAGUCGAAGUCUGAGGUAAACGAUGAGGAUGAAGAUGAUGAAGGUGGCUCAGAGGAGGAUGAAGAUGAUGACUAGAAUGCUUGACUUUUAUGAGGCAGCUUUAGAGAUAUAUGAUGAUAACUCUCUCUAUGUUAGCCCUUUUGUCGUUAUUGGUACAAUUGAGUAGUUUUCUAGUUUGUCUUUGUCUUCAUAUUUUGUUUAAUCCCCAGGAUAAAAGAGUAGAUAAUCUAGUUUCUUUUGUAUGGAAACAUAUUUAUAAAGCUAUCUAUUUAAAGUUGUAACUCCAAUCCCUUCA